GUCCUCAUCUGUCCGCCCCUUGGCGAGGUAAUAUGACGGGUGACAAUCUGUACCAGGAUGUGGUCCAGUUCACCUGUGAGCCGGGUUACGACCUUAUAGGAGUGCCCAACGUCACCUGUCAGGCGAGUGCCACAUGGAGUGGCAGCGUCCCAACCUGCACACGUGCACAGUGUCCCGAGCUGACAGCUCCUGCAGAUGGUGCGAUGGUUGGCUCUAACUUCUUCGAGGACGUUGUACGGUUCACCUGUUACGCAGGGUACGAUCUUGUCGGCGCGCAGAAUGCAACUUGCCAGGCAUCCGCUACAUGGAGUGACGACGUCCCAGUCUGCUCAUCCGUCCCGUGCCCCCCAUUGCCACCGCUGGUAAACGGCGUCCAAUCCGGUGGCAGCUCAACCUAUGUCUACGGUGAGGAGGUGAACUUCCAGUGUGAUGCAGGAUUCCAUCUGCUCGGGUCAUCCUUACGCAGCUGCCUGGCUGAUAGCACCUGGAGCGGCUGUACACCUACAUGCACAGAUAUCAACGAAUGCUCCAUUUCAAACGGCGGUUGUGGGCAAAUCUGCACCAACACAUUUGGGAGUUUCCAGUGCUCGUGUCGGAUUGGUUACACCCUGAACAGUGACGGGUUUGCCUGUGAUGAUGUGGAUGAAUGUGCCUCUGCAAACGGUGACUGUGAGCAGAUCUGUACCAACACUAUUGGCAGUUUCCAGUGUUCCUCCGUCCAGUGUCCCCAGCUAACAGCCCCUCUGAACGGUGGACAUACGGCCGGCAGCUCCUACCCGACAGUGGUACAGUUCACCUGUGACACGGGCUACAAUCGUGUAGGUGCGGGGAGUAUCGCGUGCCAAGCAGACGGCACGUGGAGUGACAGCGCCCCAACCUGCACACUUGCGCAGUGCCCGGUGUUGCGAGCUCCCACCGACGGUACAAUGACUGGCUCCUAUUCCUACCAGGACGUGGUGGAAUUCACCUGUGACCCAGGCUACGCCCUCUCCGGGUCAGCUGCAGCUGCCGUCACAUGCCAGGCAGACGGCACAUGGACUGCACCUGCUCCCACUUGUACAGUCAAAAGCCAAAAAUCCAGGUUCUGUUGA